ACACGUGCUCCGCUGAGUGAAGCGACCAAACGGGCGAUUUUUUCUCACCUGUGAGAGGAAGAGACACUGACCUGCGUUCAUCUCGAAAAAAAAGUCAAAAAAUUGUCACAAUGUCUGACCCAAAUGCAGCGCAAAACAUGGAGGAGGACCAGGACGUGGAAACUUUCGCGUUUCAAGCAGAAAUCGCUCAGUUGAUGAGCUUGAUUAUCAACACUUUCUACUCGAACAAGGAGAUCUUUCUUCGUGAGUUGAUCUCCAACUCUUCUGAUGCCCUAGACAAGAUUCGCUACCUGAGUCUCACAGACCCAAGUGUUCUAGACUCAUGCAAAGACCUCAAGAUCACCCUCAUCCCCAACAAGGAGGAGAACUCCCUCACAAUUCAGGACUCCGGUGUUGGCAUGACCAAGGCUGACUUGGUCAAUAACCUCGGUACCAUUGCCAAGAGUGGAACCAAGACCUUUAUGGAGGCCCUCCAAGCUGGUGCAGAUAUCUCUAUGAUUGGUCAAUUCGGUGUGGGUUUCUACUCAGCUUACCUUGUUGCUGAGAAAGUUGUAGUGACCACCAAGCACAAUGAUGACGAGCAAUACAUUUGGGAGUCAGCUGCUGGUGGCUCCUUCACUGUGAAGCGCGACUCUGGUGAGCCUCUUGGCCGUGGUACCAAGAUUGUCCUGUACCUGAAGGAGGAUCAGACAGAAUACCUAGAAGAGAAGAGGAUCAAGGAGAUUGUCAAGAAACACAGUCAGUUCAUUGGCUAUCCUCUAUCACUCCUGGUGCAGAAGGAGAGAGACAAGGAGGUCAGUGAUGACGAAGAGGAGGAGGAGGAGAAGAAAGAUGAGGAGGAGGAGGAGGAGGAUGGAGAUAAGGACAAGCCAAAGAUUGAAGACAUGGAUGAGGAUGAGGAUAAGAAAGACAAGAAAAAGAAGAAAACCAUCAAGGAGAAGUACACAGAGAUGGAGGAACUCAACAAGACAAAGCCCAUCUGGAUGCGCAAUGCAGAUGAGAUCACCACAGAAGAGUACGGAGAGUUCUACAAGAGCUUGACCAAUGACUGGGAAGAACACCUUGCUGUCAAGCACUUCUCUGUUGAGGGUCAGCUUGAGUUUAGAGCUCUGCUCUUUGUUCCCAAGAGAGCACCUUUCGACCUAUUCGAGUCCAGGAAGAAGAGAAAUAACAUCAAGUUGUAUGUGCGUAGAGUGUUUAUUAUGGACAAUUGUGAGGAUUUGAUCCCAGAGUAUCUUGGUUUUAUCAAGGGUGUUGUUGACUCUGAGGACCUGCCUCUGAACAUUUCUCGUGAGAUGCUCCAGCAAAAUAAGAUCCUUAAGGUUAUUCGUAAAAAUCUGGUCAAGAAAUGUAUGGAACUCUUCAAUGAGAUUGCUGAAGAUCAGGACAACUACAAGAAGUUCUACGAACAGUUUGGCAAGAACCUGAAGCUGGGUAUCCAUGAGGAUAGUGUCAACCGUGCUAAACUUGCUGAUCUCCUGAGAUAUCACAGCUCUUCCUCUGGUGAUGAGCUCACCUCUCUGAAGGAUUAUGUAACUCGAAUGAAGGAAAACCAGAAGGACAUUUACUUUAUCACAGGCGAGAGCAAGGAUCAGGUUUCACACUCUGCAUUUGUGGAGCGUGUGAAGAGCAGAGGCUUUGAGGUGUUGUACAUGGUGGAGCCCAUUGAUGAGUACGCCAUACAGCAACUGAAGGAAUAUGAUGGCAAGAAGCUCGUCAGUGUGACCAAGGAGGGUCUUGAACUCCCCGAAGAUGAGGAUGAGAAAAAAGCUCGAGAGGAGAAGGUUGCCAAGUACGAGGGACUGUGCAAGGUGAUCAAAGAUAUCCUUGACAAAAAGAUUGAAAAGGUAGUCGUCUCAUCCCGUCUGGUGUCGUCACCAUGCUGCAUUGUCACAAGCCAGUUUGGAUGGACAGCAAACAUGGAGAGAAUCAUGAAGGCACAGGCUCUGCGUGACAACAGUACAAUGGGCUACAUGGCUGCCAAGAAGCACUUGGAGAUCAACCCCGACCAUGCUAUCAUGGACUCUCUGCGCAAGAAAGUAGAAGCCGACAAGAAUGACAAGUCCCUCAAGGAUCUGGUUAUGCUGCUGUAUGAAACCUCUCUUCUGACAUCUGGCUUCACCCUGGAAGACCCUCAGGUCCACUCCGGUAGAAUCUACAGGAUGAUUGGUCUUGGGCUUGGCAUUGAUGAGGAGCCAGAGGCUGAAGGUGCUGAUGCUGUAACAGAAGACAUGCCACCCUUGGAGGGCGAUGAUGCAAAUGAUGACGCAUCUAAAAUGGAAGAGGUCGACUAAACACCAUCUACAGCCCAACACCAGGCUGUUUGAAGCUUGUGAAGCCAAAUGCAUUAUUGUAUCGGCUAACUAGGGGAACUGUGCCAAGUCAAACCAGCUUCGUAGUUGCAAUUUGCAUACAAGUGACAUUCAGAUACAUUGAGUAUUCACAUAACAUCACAGAAGUACUACUGAUUUUGCUACUGUGUUUAUUUAACAGAGAUGUUAAUUAAAUAAGAUGAAGUAAAUUGCUUUUGCUUCUGUAGUUUGAGGUAAUCCGUCUGCUUGGGCUAGCUCAUUGUUAUGCUAGUGCCUUGUGACUGUUUGAAGUUUAGUGGAUUGGCUUUAGUGAUCAGCUUUCUCGUAUUAGGGCCAUGUUUGUAUGUAUUGAAGAGACACUUAUGCAACCAUCUACUUUGCUUUCGGGUGAAUGAUUGCUAUGGCAUUCUUGUAUAACAAAAUCGAAAUAAAAUCUUUUUGUUGUGA